GCCUCACUUUUAAAAUUCGUGUUAGACAGAUGCAAACCAGGAAAUGGUUGCAUAUCUCUCCUUUAGUAUAUUGGCCAUAUAAUACCCAGAGGUCUAAAGACGACUGGCUCCUAGCUCUGCUUA